AUGGCCUCGCCGCCUAAGCUCACAAACUUUGGAUUUAAUGUAGGGAAUAAGCCGAAGCAUGGUCGGGCACUGUUUCACCUUAGCCCGAGUCCUCGAGCCAAGGCGAAGAGGAGUAGGGUCUUUGCGAGUCCCAACGCGAGCCGAAGAAAAUCCAAGGGAGGCGCUAAUACCAGUGCGGAGACAAGUAGGACAGAGAUCACGGUCGAUGAGGAUAAUAGCGAAGAAGAGCAGCUCGAGCCGAAUAAUUCGAUUGGUGCGUCGGUCGAACAUGAGGAGUUUGAUGACCAGGCAGCACCACUCCCUACACACCUUUCCAUACGGCCCAUUGAAGGUCCUGGGCUUGAGAUUCGUACGCCGUUCCAAGGCCGGGUUGUACCGACGUUACAAUCUCUCUCCAAACGACCUCAUGCGACACCCGUUCCUCUGUUCGCAGCCACUCCCCGACGCCUGCAUACACACCACCCCUUGAUCUCCGGCGACGAACUCAACGCUCCUUCAUCACCCAGCAAACCAAAUACUGUUCCUAUCUUUGCUCCAACCCCAUCUCGCGCAUUGGCCGUUCCAUCCACGCCUGCACAUAAGUCGCGAACCAUGCCAAUAUUUACUCCAAAUUUGCACCGAGGUGAAGAAGAAUCUCCAACCAAAAAGCCUCCACCUGUAUUUGCGCCUACCAAGAACCUAUUUGCCUCUGUAACAACACCCGCUCACUCGAAUGUUCUUCCUGCUGCCCCCCCCAAGCUGCCCUUACUUUCUGCGGCCGUUCCAGCUACGGUUAUACCCGAAACACCAACUACAAAAGGUCGAAGUCUCCCUACAUUUACGCCGAAAAUGUUAUUCCCCCCAUCUAAUGUUGAGGAUGCUGAGGAAAAAGGGCUCGCGCAUAGGGUCAGUAAACCCCCAGUGUUUGGUAGUGUCCUCGAGGACGAGGAGUCUACACCGCGUGCCAAUAGGCAGCCCAAACAAACGAGCGGUCAAGAUGCCCUGACCAAUAAAGUGGAAACUAAGCCAGUUGAAAUGCCGGUCUCGGAGCAAGUUGAACAGCCAGAAACUGCACCAGUCGAACAGGAGCCUGCGAACAUCAGUGUGGCCGACCUAUUCAAUAAUGCUGUGGUUUCUUUGCUCCAUCCGAUUCGGCCCGAACGUAUUGAGAGCUCUCAGCCCGAUGAGCGUCCCAAGGCAUCACAAUCUAUCGACGAUACCGAGAGUUCUCAGCCCCUGCCCGAAAUUAAACAGAACUCCUUGUUUACUGCUCGCGUCACGCGUUCCAGAUCCCGUUCAGAGUCUGUGUCUGUCUCAGACUCUGUUACUCGCUGUGGUUCUGUUGGUCCUUCAAGGGUGGAAUGUGUCGCUCUUUCCGGGGCUGAACCUCAGGUUGUUCAGGCAAAACCCUCGCCAACGGCUGGGAACGAACUCAUUUUUUCAAAGCCCCGAAGAGGCUCUACUUCGGAGAAACGCUCCCGAUCGACGUCAGUAGUAGUAGAGAUCCCGGCUCCUGCAACAACCCCGUCUUCAGCUCCACUAUCUCUCACACCACUAGUCACCGACCAGCUGGCACUAUCCGCUCUCAAGUCCCGAUCACGAUCACGUACAAAUUCAGUAGACAAAUAUAGUGCAAGCCAGGGGGCUGCUAUGAUUACGGAUGCUCCCAGGGACGAAGCUCCCCCUUCUUCAUUCCUGAAUCCGGAUUCUAUGGACCCAGAAACUAGUCCCUUGUCAAGCCUUCCAGACGAUAUUGGUUUUAGUUUUGUAGAUGGAGGAGACACUACAGCAGGAGACACGACUAUGCGGGAUAUGGGAGAUACAACUGUGUGUCCAGAUCCAGAUGGAGAUACGAGCAUGCAACCUCGGGAUUCAAUAAUAUCACCUAAUUCACCACCGGUCUCUCCUCCCGCACCUACGUCUCCUGUAUCUUCGCUCCCUGCCAGUCCAACCAAACAACCACCAUCGUCAAGUAAUCUUACUCAGCCCGAAGAAAACAGUGAACCUAAGGAUAUCAUGGUACCGAUCUCUGAUAUUGUUGCGCCAACGGCAUUCCCUAGCACGCGUCCACGGUCAUCCUCGCUGACGAGUAUGUCAGAAUUGACUGAUUUGUCAGAUGGAGAGGGGCUCCUGGACGUUAAUGAGCCUGUACCUACUGCUACGACCUCGACCUCAACGGAGACCAGGGACUCAAUGAUACCUGUUCCGAAACGGUCUGGGACCCCCGGACCUCCAAGACCACCGACUCCCGGCAAGCCCAAGACACCAUUUGCAAUUCGAACAGGGUCAAUGCCAACGAAUAGAAUGACACCUGGGCCAAGUCGUAAUGGAAUUCCAAUGGGCCUCGGGUCGGUAAAGAAGUCGGGAAUUCCGACACCUGGCCCGUCUAAAAUCAGGGCUGUAGCUACGACUUCGACACCUGCAGGGUCUUCAGCGUUAAUGUCGGCAGUGGCAUCUGCAUCUACACUGGGCCUAGGCAAACCUACCACUGCAUCACGCUCAAACCUGGCGGCACGCACGCGGUCGGGGGCAACCAAAGCUCGUUCGCUCGCUGCGCCCACUGCUUCUACGGCAGCAAAGGCUCGUACUAAGGUUGUCACCGCCCCUCCACCUCCUCGCUCACGAAUAACAAGCUUUAUGAAGCCAAAUACUGCUAAUCGUCCGCCCGCGUCAUCAUCUAGUGCGAUCCCACCUCUCACCGUACCUGCCGGAAGCAAUCCAUCUCCUCGAAAAGGACAAUCGAAAGACGAUUCAGAUCUCCCUGGUACAAGGAGGUCUAUGAUAUCACAAGACACUCAAGCGUCGUUAUCUAGCCUAUCUAGCGCACUUGAGAAGCUUGCCCGUCCGUCCUUUGGAAGCUCACGUCCUGGGCUCCCGCCCCGCCCAGGCACGUCAAUGGGCUUCGCGCCCCCUCAACGACCGGGAUCAUCACUGGGGUUUUCAGAGAAACGACCCGAUAAGGAUGGGCCAAUGUCUUCUACUGGUUCCAGAGCGAGUAAGCCGAUGGCUAAGACCGCUAGCGCAUCAGCAGCCAAGGGCAAGGGCAAAGCAAAAGACGAGACCGGUGACGAUAUGGAGUAUGAAGAAUCUAAUAGAUCAGCCAAUAUGAAUUCUAACGGGCCGUUACGGUCUUGCGUUGUUUGUGUCGACGUGAGAACUGCAAAUGGAGAGGACUCCGGGAACGCGUUUAUCGAGAUGCUCAGAUUAAUGGGUGCCAAAAUUGUCUCGAGGCCAACACCGUCUACCACCCACAUCGUCUUCAAGUCUGGUCACCAAUCAACAUUGACAAAGUAUAAAUUAUACGACGACCCAAAACCGUUCUUGAUCGGCAUCGGAUGGGUAGUUCAAUGCGCUGAAAGGCAAGAGCGAUUGGACGAAGAAAGGUUCAGAAUUAGGACGGACGAAGUAUCCGCAUUGGAUCUGAAGAAGCGACGCAAAGCUGAGCUUCCUCACCAGAUGCAGUUCAUGGCUCGAGACCCAAACCCAUCUGGCCCUAGGUUCGGCUCGAUGUCAGUUGAAGCCAGUGCUAUUUCCAGGUCCCUGGAAGCGAGUGCUGCCGAAGUAAUGCAAGAUGCUGAACUAGCCGCCGAACGAGGCAGGCAACGCUCUCACCAAAGGUCAAACCCCCCAGACCGUGACCGAUCCCCAUCCUAG